AUGUUCUUGUUUCAAAUUCUUCAUUUAAAAGCUCAUUCAAUUAACCACCAGCACCACUUGGGGAUUUCAAUUCCAAUUAUUUUAGAAAAGGGUCUCAUUCAAGAUUCUCAUUUAAAAGCUCACAAUUCACCACCUCUGCCACCACCACAAUCCUUCAAUGGAACCACCAUCAUAGUUUUUACAGAAUAA